AUAUAUAUACAUUUGUAUAUAUAUAUAUAUAUAUAUAUAUGCCUCGAUAUAGAUAGUAGAUCUGGCCCUGUGGGGUGUGUCAGCCGUUGUAUUGAAUUGAUCCCUCUAUUUAGAGCAACAUACAAUGGCUAGGGAACUUGAACAUAGGCACACUCUGCCCGUGGUACCUGGGCUGGGGUUAACCUUGCUGAGGAAUCCGCUGUCAUUUGCAGAUCAGAAGCAGUCGCAAAGUCACAAGAAUAUGAGCCAUACAACCUCAGUAGCGUCUCACGCAGACGUCGCACACCAUGCUCUACGCUCACAAUCGCCCAGGAACCACCAGAAUAACAAUGCCACACAUCACUUUGGGCGUAAGCAAAGUGUUUCUAUUUCUUCGAAGGGAGACCACGGAUCCAAUCACGGACAUGUGCACACUCACGGGUCACACACACACACACUUGCUCAGAGAACACACUCUACACCUUCACCUCCCACUACGGAUAUAGUCGAUCUGAUCCGCAAGCCAGAUGCUUGUACGUUGGUAGAAGCACACAUUCAUAGAGAGAUUCUUUCAGGAGCACCACCCAGUGUGAACAAGAAGGGAUGGCAUGGCCAGACGCCACUGCUGUAUGCGUGUGUUAGCGGCAAUCUACAACUGGCCCGGUUGUUACUAGGCAACGGUGCGGACAUGUCGAUGUGUAACAACGCGGGAGAGGGUGUUUUUCACGUGCUCAGCCAGAUAGGGAGGAUAGAUAUGAUGGGCAUGUUGAAUAACUACAUCAAGUGGGACUAUAGUAGUAAGUAUGCGGGUAUGGAUUUGUUGAGAGUCGCCGAUGUGAGGGGCAUGACACCCAUGAUGCAUGCGGCGCUGCGGGGACAGGUCAAAGUGAUGCACUACCUGCACACAGAACACAACCACCCCUUCCACGACCUCGACCGCAACGGGCGUACACUGCUGCACUGUGCCGCGGAAAUGGGCCACGUGCUGACAGUUCGGUACCUCUUACGACACGAGCGUGUGCAUGUCAAUGCCAAGACCAGCGACGGACGCACAGCGCUGCACAUAGCCGCGUAUCACUGCUAUCCGGAUGUGUGCCGGGUUUUGUUGAGGGAAGACUUGGGCUUACUUAGCAGCUGCGACACGGCCGGGAAGGAUCCACAUGUGUGGGUGAAUAAACAGGAGUCCGUCACAAAGGAGAUGAAUAAAGCUAUCACAACCAAUGUAUUAAAUGCCGCCGAAUAUUGCAGCGAUGAAAGCCAAAUCUCAACCCAAACGCUUCCAUCAUCCCGGGAGAAGACCUGUUUGAAUUUCUAUCCUAUCAUGACCUUGUUGAUUGCGUCGGCCGUUCUAUGUUACACAAAUAUAUACUUGAGAGUGCCGGCUGUUCUAACUAUACUGGGGAUAGGCUACAAACUCGUACAGCCAUAUAACCGGCCGUGCGGCUCGAAUGCUGCGCUACUGCGAACCGUCACCACACUCGUGGGCCUUGCUGGUCUCGCAUUAGGAGGCACGUUACUACCUGUGUUAACCUUUCAAGACAGCCUUCUGAGCACCAUCGUCGUGGUGGUUUAUGUAGUAUACGUCGGGUGUCUCUACACGUGCGUGACACGUUCACCCCUGCCCUCCUCCUGCCAAGACGAGUUGCUACCUAAGGGUGUCAUUGCCAACCAGGUACUAGACAUUUACCCGGUCCUCACAAGAGACCGCUCCGCAAGCAAGAGCAAGAGCUGCCAAGCAAACAUCGGGGUGCAGUUGAUCAAUGACGGGCACUCCACUAUCAAUCUAGACGCGGAUAGCAAUUCGAGCGAUGCCGAUUGUACCAGUGAUAACAGUGAUGAGAUGAUGGUGGAACCCGCCAAGGCAGAAACCGUUGAGGACAAGUACGACAGGUUCUGUGUCACGUGCGAGGUGAUGAAGGACCCGAAGUCUGGCACCACUCAUUGUGCGGAUUGCGAUGUGUGUGUUCCUGAAUUUGACCACCAUUGCGCAUGGUUAAACACCGAUAUUGGCGGACAUAACCACGUAGUGUUCUGCUACUUUCUGUUGUUUGGGGGUCUUUUGGGAGUCUUGUAUGUGGUCUCGUAUGUGGUGUAUGUGCUGAGGAUGUACACAGGAAUGGAGCUGGGAAUAUGCGGAGGCCUUUUUGAGGUGAAUGAGCAUCAUCCGUUGGCCACGUGGUUUGUGCCGGUAGCAUUAGGCGCAGUUUAUAUGCAAUGGAUGAUGCUUUACACGCAGCUACAUCAGAUAGCGAAUAGUCUCACCACUAAGGAUGUCGUAAAUGCAGCUCGUUACGGUGAGGUGCUGAAGGUUCAUCGAUCAAACGAUCAGCGGUACGCUUCCCUAUCGAAGUUUUUCGGGGGAUUAUAAUGUACAUAGUCUCUGCUGACCAGUGGAUUGUGUGAGUUAGUUCGCUAAACAAAUAGAUAUGAUUUUUCUGGAGUCGAAAGUGCGUAGGUGGUUGACACCGGACGAGUUUGAUUCCGACACUUGACCAGAUUUAAAUUGAACAGUACUUGCAUUCCCCCUCCUCUCUCACCCCGCCAACCGCCCAUCCACCCAUCCUUUCCCAAUAUUUCUGCUACACGCAAACAAUUACGACAUGGUAUCACUGUCGCCUUCAUUUGUAUUUAGACUAGAUAUACUUUUGAGUGACCACUCUGGUGGAUGGCACGUAUAUAUUUGAAAUGAUCUUCGCUGAAAGGGAAAACCUGUUGUCCUGUCAGUCGGGAUGCAUUCAAAGUGCAUAGUAUGCACAAACAAAGAAAAUAAAAUAACGCGAAAGUACGCGUGUUUACUAGA